AUGGAAGCCGCAAUGGAAGUCGAUUCGCCUGAUCAACGUGGAACUAAGCGUCCGGUAGAAGAAGAGAAUGGCGCAUCUGAACCAUCAAAGCCGAAGCGAAUCAAGGCGCUCGACCCGAAUGUCGUCAACAAGAUCGCCGCGGGCGAGAUCAUCGUUGCCCCAAUGCAUGCAUUAAAGGAGCUGAUCGAAAAUGCUGUCGAUGCAGGUUCCACAUCCAUCGAGGUUCUUGUCAAGGAUGGAGGUCUGAAGCUGCUGCAGAUUACGGACAAUGGACAUGGGAUUGAUCGUGAAGAUCUUCCGAUUCUAUGCGAACGAUUCACAACGUCCAAGCUCAAGGAAUUUGAGGAUCUAUCAUCUAUCGGCACCUAUGGAUUCCGCGGUGAAGCAUUGGCAAGUAUUAGCCAUAUUGCUCAUUUGAUGGUGACGACCAAGACUGCAGGCUCUAGUUGUGCAUGGCGAGCACAUUAUGGAGAAGGAAAACUGGUUCCCGCGAAGCCCGGGCAGAAUGCAGCUCCAAAAGCUACAGCGGGGCGUGGAGGGACCCAGAUUACAGUGGAAGAUUUAUUCUACAAUAUUCCCAGUCGUCGUCGCGCAUUCCGCUCUUCAAGCGAAGAGUACGCCAAAAUCCUCGAUGUCGUUGGCAGAUAUGCAGUGCACUGCUCCGGGGUUGCUUUCUCGUGUCGAAAGCAUGGUGACUCUGGAAUGAGCAUCUCAACUCCAUCUGCCGCAAAUACAGUCGACCGGAUUCGCCAAAUUCAUGGUAGCGCAGUCGCAAACGAGUUGGUAGAAUUCGAGUCGUCAGACCAAAAGCUUGGUUUCCGUGCGUCGGGUCUAGCUACCAACGCCAAUUAUCACGUUAAAAAGACUACCAUUCUGCUCUUCAUAAACCACCGUGCUGUGGAAUCAACUGCUAUAAAACGUGCCGUUGAGCAAACCUAUUCCGCAUUUCUACCCAAGGGUGGACACCCUUUCGUUUACCUGGAUUUGGAAGUCGAGCCCCAUCGUGUCGAUGUCAACGUGCACCCGACUAAACGUGAAGUCAAUUUCCUCAAUGAAGAUGAAAUAAUCGAGAUGGUCUGCGGUGAGAUAAGAUCCAAGCUAGCUCAGGUUGACUCGAGUCGCACAUUCCUGACUCAAAGUCUCUUACCUGGUGUACAACAUAUUGAGUCUAUCCAGCGUGACCUAGCUGGCGAGGGUCCAGCAGAUGGAAAGACCACUGCUACGCCUAAAACACCAGCCACAUCCAAAAAGCCAUAUGAAAACAAUCUUAUCAGAACGGAUUCAAAAGUCCGUAAAAUUACCUCUAUGCUCGCUCCCUCUCCGUCUCACCCUCACCCUGAUGCAUCUACCGAGGCCGACAAUUUACCAUCUUCUGUCUUGGAUGAUGGCCUCCAAUACGAAACUACAGAUCGCCAGCCGCUUCGUAUCGCCUUAUCAUCCGUCAAGAGCCUACGCAGUGCUGUUCGUUCCGAUAUGCACAAUACACUAACUGAGAUGUUCGCGUCGCAUACCUAUGUCGGUCUUGUAGACGAGCGAAGACGCCUGGCGGCCAUACAGUCUGGAGUCAAACUCUACCUCGUCGACUAUGGACUCGCCUGUAAUGAAUUCUUCUACCAAGUCGGCCUGACAGAUUUUGGCAAUUUCGGCACAAUUCGCCUUGAUCCACCGCCGAAAUUGGUUGAUUUGCUGAACAUUGCAGCGGAAGCAGAACGGCAAGAGCAUAGCCAAGACUCUGACGAGGGAGCUGAGAAAGUCUUCUCUCAGGCCGCAGAAAUAGUAUCACGGAGUCUAGUUGAACGCCGCGAGAUGCUAGACGAGUAUUUCUCGAUGAAAAUCAGCGCAGAUGGAGAUUUGCUCACAAUCCCGUUGCUGCUGAAGGGAUAUGUCCCUUCCUUAGCCAAACUUCCUCGAUUCCUACUCCGAAUGGGCCCCUAUGUGGAUUGGACUGGAGAAGAAGAGUGUUUCCGCACCUUUUUGCGUGAGCUUGCGGCCUUUUAUACCCCCGAACAACUUCCAGUUCCGCCUACUCAGCCUGGAGCAGGUGAUGAAGGUUCCGAUCAUCCUAAUCCAACAGCCGAAGACCCAUUUAUUGUUACUCGUCGCGCGCAGAUGGUUCAAAUGCUGGAAUAUACUAUCUUCCCAGCUCUUCGUGCUCGACUGGUCGCUACAUCCCGGAUGCUGCGGGGUGUUGUGGAAGUUGCAGAUCUAAAGGGUCUCUACAGAGUAUUUGAGCGGUGCUGA